GAUCAUCUAAUGUAGCUGCGGUUGUUUUAAAAGCAAAACAACACACAGAACCCAUCGUGCAAAAGACCUCCAAAGUGCCCCAAUCAGAGGCUGUCCUGUGUUUAUGAUAACGUCCAUCGCAACGUAUCGUCGUCAUCGUCUGCGGCCUAUCUUAAGAUAAGGAAAACCCCUCCCGAGAGAAGCGCCAACCACCUUCGAGCGACGACCAUCAGUUGAGUGUAGCAAUGAGUGAAGCCGAGUCUCGAUCCGGUCCGGAGCCGGAAGUUCCCAUGCAAGAGGGUUCUCCACCACCGGCCGGUCCAGCCAAACGGGUUAUUGAUACAAACCUGCUGAUGGCCAGGGCCAUCCGCGAGGGAACUCCCCCAAAGGCCACCUCCGAGGUCGAGCCCGCACCCGACGGUGUCAAGGUGGAAAAGGAAGCGGCCACGACCCCCAGCGGAGACGAGCAACCACCGAAGCAAAAGCUCAAAAAGCGCAUCGUCAUCCGGCGGAUCGUCAGGAAGAAGAAGGUGGUGCCCAAGAAGGACGAAAAGUUCUAUCUGCGGACGGCAUUUGACCUGCUCGACCGGGACCAGGAUGGUCACGUGACGCCCGAGGAGCUGCAGUUUAUGCUGCGGAAUCUGGGCAUCCACGUGCGCGACGAGCUCAUCGACGACCUGCUGCGGGAAGCCAGCCGAACAGGCAGUGGACUGAUAGACGAAACCGAGUUCCUCCAGUGGGUUGCCCGCAUUCAGGCCCUCAAGGAAGCAGCAGAGAGCAGCACGAGCAGCAGCAGCAGUAGUAGCACCAGCACGACCCAGGCCGCCGACGAUGACCUCACCCAGGACCUGGUGGCCGCCUUCCGGGUAUUUGACCGCGACGGCAACGGGUACAUCACGCGCGACGAGCUCAAAUCGGCCAUGGACAUGAUCGGCGAGAACGUGACAGAGUACCAGCUGAACGAGAUGCUGGAGCUGGCCGACGCCGACAAGGACGGCAGAAUCAACUACGAAGAAUUCGCCCGACUGCUGCUGUAAGAACCGGCGGCACUUCCGGGCAGCUUAGCUUCCACCAUCCCUCCCCGUUUUUUCCAAUGACGAAUGAGCGCGUGCAAGAGACCGAUCGAAAUGUGUUGUUCUGCGUGUGAGCGGAGACCAUUGGACGCCCCCUCCAAGUACCAGAGUUUUUAGAAGAGUCCGAAGCGAUGAGAUUAUGUAGGAAAUUUCUGAGAUUUGGCGACAGUCGUCGCUGGCUUUCAGUGAAGAACUGUGUUUUUUGCUUAGGGUUUUUUGUUUUUGUUUUGUUUUCUAGAUCGACUAAGGGUGGGAAUAUUUUAUAAAAGAAGAAGAAGAGAAACUUGCUGAAAGACGAUAGCUGCGGCCAGGGGAAAACUUAAGCAAGAGUUAAGAGUAAGUUUAAGCAAAACAAGGAAGAAGAAAAAACAACAAAAAUAAUUAAAAACAUGGUGUCUAGUUAUCAAUGUGCAUAUUGUUAUUUAAACUUUGGAUAAAGUUUAGACUUAAGGGUACAGUUUUUAGCUUAGUGACGUUGAUUAUUUUUUAUUCGCCUUUUGUUCGUUUGAUUGUUGUUGUUACUAGUAUGAGUCGAAGAACGGUGAGCAGUUAGAUGCAUAAUGAAAUAAUAUCCCCCCCUCUUUAAAAAGAAAUUAUCAUGUUAAACUCCAGACUACCUAGAAUUAAUCACAUGUAUAAUAAAAAUAAAAUAAACACGAGCGUGGAACAUUCAUGGAAGAUAUAUUUUCAAAAAAAUGAUUUGAGGUUAUGUUUUUAAACCGUCCUUAACGGAACCAACCUGUACAAAUCUUGUUAUUUUUUCCUCUUAUAAUACUGACUUUGAUCAGGCAGAUCCGUGGUACUAACACAUGCGUUUCUGGUUGUGGAAUUUUGUGUUUUACUAACAGCUCAGACAAACACACAAAUACACACACCAAAUGAUUAUGAGUUUUCUAGUUAGGUUUUGGUUUUCUCUACGAUUAAAUUUUUAACAAAUAAAGAAAAAACCAAACGAAGCAAAUGUGGGAAAAGCAUAUACGUUUACUGCUACUAAAGAAAUAAAGAGACAACAAAAAUCUAGCAAAACAUGAAUAUUGGAACCUCUAAUAUGUAAGGCGAAACCAAACAACACACGAAACACACACGUUCACCAAUCAACCGGGCACCAGGCAUGUUUUAAUGUAUGCAAAAUUUCCCAACCAAACAAAAAAAUAUCUGGAAAAUAAAAACAAGCACGAAACGCACAGCAAGUGUUAAACUGUAUAAACGUUUUGAAAAUUACUUCUUUUUAGUUGUUUUUGAAUGAUUUCAGUGCGAUCAAUCUUCAAACAAAAAGCUUCACUAUUAAAAAAUAAAAAUAAGAUGAUUUGUUUUCAUUUUUUCGACUACCCCAGCAAACGUCAAACCAGCAGAAACUGCUAUAUUUCGCGACUUUUCCGGAAGAGAUCCGGUAGCAUGUUUCUAUCGAUUCUUCAGACGUCAAAUAAGUAGAUCCUUCAGACGUCAAAUAAGUAACACGCGAGCUGUCAAAUGACGUCACGGCAUAGAACCUAAUUGCUUGUAAAGCGAAAACGAAGGUUAUCUGAAAUGCUUCUCCAAAUUGCCCUUUAUUGAUGUAUUCACAAAAUAGAAAACCAAAUUAUCCUAAUUUCAUUCUAACCUGCUUUUGUUCAAAACAAAAAUCCUACGUAAUCUAUCCAGACUGGUAUCCCGAGCAGACGGAAAUAACUUGGGAAUAACAUUUAUUGAUAUUUGAAAAUACUAGGCCAAUCGCAUUUUAUGUUAUUUAUAACAAGAUUUGUUAUUCGUCGUAAUGAAAUUGUUGUUAUUAGAUUGUUAUUGUAAUAACAGACUAGUAACACUUUUAGUUAUUCUUCGAACAAAUCAUUGUUAUUAUUUUUUGUUAUUUUAACAACUGAUCCGAUCAUCCUAAUUACAGUUUCAGGUAUUCUUCCAUAACAAAAAAUAGUAUUCCAAAGUUGAUUUGGCUUUCAGCCAAUAUCAGACCAAUAACAAAUUUUGUUAUGGUAACAUGAACUGUUACUAAACUCUUAUGCAAAAAAGGAUUUUUCAAGAAGAUUCUUUAACACUUUUUGUUAUUUUAACAGUAUUUGUUAUUGAAAUGGCAUGAAUUUUGUUAUUUAUUACCGUCUGCCAGGGAUGUUAAACAACCCUGUCUUUUUGUAUGGAUCGUGGACUUUAGGGUGGUUCAAAGUAGCUCAAUAUUCCUUCCAUUACAGGGCACAAUUCGCGUCUGGCUCGGCAGCUAGAAUCCCUUCAAAGAGUAAAAAUCCGCACAGGGAAUCGUUAGUUCAAUUCUCGUACCGAGAUGUUAAAAGUUAAAAAAAAAUCCUAACGGUAUAAAGAGCAGCUCAAGCCUAAUUGCCUGGAUAUAGGGCACAUUCGUCAAACACCUUAAAAUAUUGAAAAAAGAUAGCGCUGAAAACACUCAAAAGACUGCUCUAUUUUCAUUUCCACCCUUCUGACGCAUCGCAGCAAUACUUAAACAUAACCUCACAGAUAGUUGCAAGAAUUCAAAAUGCCGUUUCCUAGCUUCCACUAGCUCUCUCCCCUUGUAGAAUCCCGACCCAAGCAUUGCAAAAGAGAAGAGAAACAAUUUAAAACACACGCGCACACAAUUUUCUAGCAAACCUUGUUUUUCACGUUGAGUUCACCCCUGCGCCAAUCGCACCUUCACUUUUGUACACCUUGAUUGCUUUUGCUGAAUCAACGGGAGCAACGCUAAAGGUGAACACCUGUCAAAAUGCAGGGGUGGACUCAGCAUUGAAAAAUGUGGUUUUGCAGAUUCAUUGGUGUUUUGUCAAACUGAUUAAUGAGAAAUCAAAAGCAGAUACACACACCCACAUAAACACACAAGUACAUGAGGAAAAUAAUGCCAUGGCAAAUCACGCGAUAUCACCAAUACUAUACAAACAAAAACAUAAAAUAUAAUGUUACGUAGUUGUUGUUGGUUAAAACAAGCAAAACAGUAAAAUGCGAAUAGCAAACAAAGAGAAAUACUAAUCGUUAGAUUGAGCAUAUAUUUUUCAGCAGUUGAACGCUUUUUAUACACGCGCGUUGUUGCCCACUCGUAUAGAAAACAACCAGAAAAAACCAAAAUAAACAAGAAAGGCUAGGCCUAUAGGUCCUGGUUGAACCAGGGUUGGACAGGCUCAAGAAAUUUAAAGAUACGGUCGAAUUGGGUUUCAAACAAUAAAUAACAAAGAAAAACUUAUUAAAUUGACUGAUUUUUACACGUAUAACAGGACAAACACGCUAUAAAAUUGAGACAUUUGUAUCGCCCUUGCAGGCGUGGUAGGUUAAACAAAAAACAAAAUUGUCACUGACAUAUUUUUAGAAGGAUUGUUUAAAUACGAAUUUUUGAGGAGUUUCAACUCACAAACCGUUGCAAGCUUGCGAAUAAGCAUUAACGGCUAGAAAAUCUUCUGAAAAAAUGAAAUAAAACACGUCCACGUUUUUGCGGAUUUUUAACAAGAAAUAACGCCAUCCGGACUUGAACUGUCCCAACCACGUGCUUGCUAUUUCCCAAGGUAUGACACAAAUGCCGCACCGCUAAAGCUAACCCCGACAUUGCACAAUUUGUACUUUCGACUAAAAGUCCCCCAAAAAUAAACUGAAAUAUGCUGAAAUAUGCUCCAAACAAUCAAUCCUUCAAACAUUUUCACAAUCCUCAGCCAAAUCCGACUUACAAAACUCCACCUUUGUUUGUCCGACACUGAACCCAAGCGUAGACACGCGAAUGAAUGAACGCAAACGACAUCCGAAAGCAUGUAUUUUUCAAAAACCCUCCCCCCUUUUCCAUGUAGUUUUCAACGUGAAUUACGUUUUCCGCUUCUAUUGAGUGUCUAUCCGCAAUGCACGGAACAAACGCAAGUAGAAGCAGAACUAAGCUAAUGAACUAAUAUCCUAAUCCUUAGAAAAACAACAAAAAAAGAACACAUACACACUUUGAAACAAAUCGAUACCGCGGAAACUUGUAAUCAAAAUGUAGAAACACAAAAUCGCUUAACUUUGAGUUCAACUCUAAACCAUGCUUUACUAGCAAGAGAAAUCGUUUUAGGUACCCUUAUAAUUAAAACGUAUACUUUUGUUCUUCCGUGAACCCGUUGUCCAUUUAAAAGAUCUAAUAAACAGAUAAGGCAAUAAAUCCAACCCUGCAUUUGACAGCAACCUCACCUUCAGUGUUACUAACCUUGUUCUUUGAUCCAACGUAAACAUUGCUGAAGAGGUAAACUUCAAAUCAAACGCAGGGGUGGAAUCAUCUGCUUUAACAUCCCAAACAACAACAACAAAAACACCAAUAGAAUGAGAUUCGAAAUCUUCCUGAUAUUGCACUCCCCCACCAGAAACUUUGCAAAAUCUUGAAGCGAUGUCAAAGUAAAAGAAAUUUCAAACAAACAGAUCAAGUAGUGACAAGGAAAACAGCAAUCAAUCACUGAAAGUCAGUAUCCGAUGAAAGUGGAAACAUAACAAAACAUUAAAAUUGAAAGCAGCAAUGACGAAUGAUGAAUUGAAACAAACCAGCAAAAACAACAACAAAAACUAGAAAAGAAGAAAUAAUAUCGUGGCCUUUUUAUUAGUCAAAAUUGAAGAGGCAGGAAAAAACAUGAAAAGUUAAAACAAGCACAGGAGUGAAAAGCUAGGCGGAAGCAAACAACAAAAACAAACUAAAAAAAAGCUAAAAACAAAAUAAAAAUACUGUUACGUUUUAUUAGCGCAGCGUUUUCGCCGAAUAAGUUAGAGGAAUUUCGUUUUUUUCGAAUAUUUUUUGAUACACAAUUUGAUAACACGGUUUGACAAGGUGGCAAAACUAUCGCGACGAAGUAGAUUCGAAUGAUUAUUGUCAUUUCUCUAGAUUAUCGCUUAUUUUCUUACAAAAUACGCGAAAAAGUCAGCAAAGAAAACAAAAAUCAAAUGUGUGAGUCACACAAACAUCACACAGAAAAUACAAAAGAAGCAAAAAAAACACUUAACAACAAUUUAUGAAGAUAACACUCACCCCUUUGUGCGUGUGUGGGAAACAAUAGUUACAAUUUAAACUUGUAGUGAAAGCAAGACAUCAUUCAGAAAUCAAAGAGAACAAAACUACACAAGGAAGACUACAUAAGUCACACGCGGUUUAGAAACAAAAGCAUCAACUGCAUCGUCAGUCACGGUGCAUGGAACAGAAGAAGAAAAAACUUUAGCAGAUAACCUCUGCAACGCAGCAGCAUCCACACUGUUUUGAUGGUAAACGCAAAAAAAA